UGGAAUAUGGGGUGGACAGUUUUGGUCUCCUUACCUAAGAACGGAUGCACUCGCAGAGUGGAAGUAUAGCAAAGAUUCACUAAAUGGGGCUUGGGAUGGCAGGUUAACUGUGAGAGGAGAGAUUGAGUAGACCAAAGUGUUCUUUAGAGUUUAGAAGAAUGAGAACACAUCUCAUUGAAAAUUCAAGCAGAGUUCAACAAGCUGAAGAGCCCAGAAGCAGGGGUAGUCUCAGAACGGGGGAACUCAUCCAGGCCUGAGACCAGGAGCGUUUGUUUUAGGCAGAGCGUGGUGGAUCUUUGAAACUCUCCACCUCGGAAGGGCGCGGAUUCAUUCAUGGAGUUUAUUCAAAGCAGAGAAUCAAGGGAUGUGGGGAAUGGAGCUGAGGGAGGAGAUCGAUUCUGUUCUUCAUAAAGGACAGAACACGUCCGCAGGGCCCAAUUACUCCGGCUCCUGAUUUCGUUGUUGUCUGGCCGGAAGCCGGGGGAUGAUUGAGGGGGUGACACAACUGGGAAAUCGCUCUAUCUCUCGCUGGGAGCGGUUCGAGUGGAUCCACUUCCGGGUGAGACCGAAGCGCGGGUUCCGGAUCGGGAGCGAACGGCGGCGGGUCUGAGAACUGUCUCCACGAGUGCCUUGAUUGCGUUAGAAGCAGACUGCGUUUGGGGGCACUGAUCAGAAGUUGGGCAUCGGCUGUCGUCUCCAGCACUUGGACUGUUCGGACUGCCGUUUCUUUCUCUGCAGCCCUGAUGCCUGAUGGUGGGCAGGGGCUAGGAUGGAUGGGCUGGACCAGCCUCUCCCAACCAUUGCCUCAAUCAACACCUCGUACUCCCAGUGCCAGGCAGGCCUGGCAGCACAGUGCCCAACUCUGGAGGAGAGGAAGGCCAUCUCUGACGUACGCCGGACCUUCUGCCUCUUUGUAACCUUUGACCUGCUGUUCGUUUCCCUCUUGUGGAUUAUCGAACUGAAUACAAAAGAUGGUAUUGAAAAAAAUCUGAAGGCUGAAAUAAUACAGUAUGAUUUUAGAACUUCAUUUUUUGACAUUUUUUUGCUGGCAGUAUUACGUUUCCUGGUGUUGCUGCUGGCGUAUGCUCUCCUGCGGCUCCGUCACUGGUGGGUGAUUGCAAUCACCACUUUAUUUACCAGUGGCUUUCUAAUAAUAAAAGUCAUUCUCUCGAUUCAGUUUCAGACGAGAGGUGCCUUUGGCUACGUUCUGCCAAUUGUUUCCUUCAUACUUGUCUGGCUGGAGACCUGGUUUCUUGAUUUCAAAGUCUUGAUCCAAGAGGCAGAGGAUGAGAGAUUGUACCAGGCAUCACAAGCAAUACACAGAGGCCCUGGCCUUCUUUACCCCAGUGCUGUGUCAGAGGGGCAGUUCUACUCUCCACCGGAGUCCUUCGCAGGUUCUGAAGAUGAGUUGGAUGAGGAAGGUGUGGGAAGGGUUGCAGCAACACCUCAGGACAAGGAGUACGUGCGUCAGGGUCGGGAGGCGAUGAAAGUGGUGGAACAAAUACUAGGGCACGAGGAGUUCUGGAAGCUGGAGAAAGAGGAUGGCAGCGACGCUGUCUACACGUUUGAAAUCCCAUAUCACGGGAAGAGCUUCAUUCUAAAGGCAUUAUUGCAGUGCCCGGCUGAGCUCGUAUACCAGGAGGUGAUCCUUCAACCUGAGAAGAUGGUCAGUUGGAACCGGACAGUUGCAGUGUGCCAGGUUCUACAGCGAGUUGAUGACAACACCCUGAUCACCUACGAUGUAUCUGCUGGAGCUGCAGGAGGGGUCGUUUCUGCCAGGGAUUUUGUAAAUGUGCGUCGUAUUGAGAGAAAGAAGGAAAUGUACAUUUCGUCGGGUGUGUCAACCACUCAUGACUCCAGACCCCCACUGAAAAAGUACAUCAGAGGUGAGAACGGACCUGGAGGUUUUGUGGUGAUCAAGUCUCUCCGGAACCCCAGUGUCUGCACCUUCAUCUGGAUAUUAAACACAGACUUGAAGGGCCGGCUCCCGCGGUACCUGAUCCAGCAGAGCCUGUCGGCCACCAUGUUCGAGUUCAUUGCACACCUGAAGCAGCGGGUGCAAGAGAUGACUGAGGUGGGACAUCAAUGACGUGGCGCGUGCAGGGACCCGAACGUCACGCCUCACUCAGCCUGGCAUCUGCAGCAGCACCGUGACCCAGGACCAAGCAUUAGCCAGGGCCAACUGACUUUCCAUUGAUGACAGAACAUUCUUCACACGAGUGUCUGACUGAACCGUCAUUUGGAGAACUAAAGAACGGGAUGCAAAACUGAUCCAUUAAUACUUUUAUACUUAGCUGUUUGUGUUAGGGGUGGGGUCAGUGGGACUGGGUGCUCUGGAGAUUUGCCCUGACAACCCCCAGUUGCUUGUUUUGAUCAGAAGCCUGCUUGAUGGGCAGCUGACGGACUGCUGGUUCACUCAGCACUGUGGUAUUGCAAUGCUUGCUGCAUCUGUGACAUGCAGCUGAGGAGAGCUCGGAGGUCGGGUGUUGCUGCAGCUUUGCACCGUGUGACCGUUCAGCCCUUUGAGCCUGCCCCACUGCAGCUGAUCUGACCCAGCUCCUGGUUCUCACCUAGCCCGAUCGCCUCCCAUCGCCUUGUUCCCACACCAGAGUCUGUGAGGCCAGCUCAGAGGCAGAGCACCAGUAACCGAAGGGCAGCAGGUCGGGCAGCAGCUGUGGGGACAGAAACCACUAACGUCUCAGGUCAGCCGCCUUGUGUCAGAGCUGGGGAGCAACAGGACCCCUUCUCCUGAGGAAUGGACUCCAGCACUGAGCAAUUGGCCAACCGUCCUGUUUCUGUUGCUGUAUCUCUGUACUUGCUUCUGUGUGAAUUAAAAGCUGUUUGAUAAAGAAA